GAAGAGCUUACGCAAGAAUCAUAUUGGGGAAUAAGAAAUGAAUCAAUACAGGCUAAUGAGGGACUCUUAUCAAGAAAUGUUGACCAUCUAAGCAGAAUACUUUGGCGCAAUUUUCAAGAAGCAUAUUGUCUUUCUGUUUGCAAUUGUUUUUACGAUAAGUUUCUGAACAUUGUUCAAGGUAUUUCCUCUACUCCAAAUGACUGUAUUAUCGAAAAUGUAGAGUUCUUCUUCAAAGUCUUCCAGUCUACUUCUUAUGAGAUUUUAUUGAAUCCCUCACAGAGUCAACCUUUUGAGUACAAGUCAUAUUUUACACAAGAAGUAAGACCAACAAUGUUUGUCGUUAAAAUGUUUGAGAAGAAAAGUCUAUCGAUAUCAAUGAUGGAAUUUUCACCUGACUUCUAUGCACCACAGCAAGAAACCGCAAAAUCGUAUGAUCCAAAUACGAUAAUAUAUGGUCAUCCAAAUAUAAUUGAUGAAGAUUUAACUAUUGAUGAUGAAAAGCAUGAUGAUAAAAAGAGUAAUAGAGUUACGAAGAAAGUGAUAAUGUUGAAAUGGUAG